CCCUCGCAGCUCUUCAAGGACGCGUGGCUGCUGCACAUGCAGGCCAACCCCUGGACGUGGCAGCCGCUCAAGGUGGAGAACGAGGACCACGGAGCGCCGGAGCUGUGGUGCCAUCCUGCCUGCAGGGUGGGGCAGUGUGUGGUGGUGUUCAGCCAAGCCCCCAGCGGGAGGGCCCCGCUCAGCCCCAGCCUCAACUCGCGCCCGUCGCCCAUCAGCGCCACGCCGCCCGCCCUGGUGCCGGAGUCGCGGGAAUACCGCUCGCAGUCCCCGGUGAGGAGCACGGACGAGGCUCCCUGCGUGAACGGCCGCUGGGGCACCCUGCGCCCGCGGGCGCAGCGGCACACGCCGGCGGGCUCCCGCGAGGGCAGCCUGUCCCCGGCCAGGGGGGACGGCUCCCCCGUGCUCAACGGGGACGGCGCGUCCCCCGGAGCCCCCCCGGACAGCCCGGGGCAGGCGCUGUCCCCCGGCACCCCCUCGGCCGCCGAGGGCCUCGACCCGCGCGUGGGGCCUGGGCCGCGCCGGGGCUCGCUGCCGGAGCACGGGGAGCUGCGCCUGGGCGCCGCCGAGCCGGGCUGGGAGCACAAGCCCCUGGACGGCGCCGAGGGCAGGACGGCGGGCGCGCGGAUCCCCCCCGAGCACACUAACGGCCUGCACAGCCCCCCGCCCGCGCCCGGCUCCCUGCCCCUGUCCCCCGGCUCCCUGCCCGUGUCCCCCGGCGCGCUCCGCCGCAGCCUGGAGGCCGUCAAGGCCUUGGCCUCCAAAGCCGCCUCGGCCUCCUCGGCGCUCAGUCCCCCCCCGGUGUCGUCCCCGGGCUCCCCCGGCGCGGAGCCGGCGCGGGCGGGCGCGGCCCAGGGGGACGGGCACUCCCUGCCGCCCAUCGCCCGGCGCCUUGGCCACCACCCGCCCCAGUCCCUGAACGUGGGCAAGCCCCUGUACCAGAGCAUGAACUGCAAGCCCAUGCAGAUGUACGUGCUGGACAUUAAGGACACCAAGGAGCGGGGCAGGGUCAAGUGGAAAGUGUUCAACAGCAGCUCCGUGGUGGGACCCCCCGAGACCAGUCUGCACACGGUGGUGCAGGGCAGGGGCGAGCUCAUCAUCUUCGGCGGCCUCAUGGACAGGAAACAGAACGUCAAAUACUACCCCAAAACAAAUGCCUUGUACUUUGUGCGAGCAAAGAGAUAAUGCGGCCCCAGCCCGCCGCCACCCCCGUCCUCCCCCUUCCCGCGGCUCUUCCCGGUCCUUCCCGGCCCCCAUCCCGUCACACAGCGACCAAACUGUGAAUUAGGGAGCAGGAAACCAAUAAAAGUCCGAGCAAA